GACCAAUGAGCGUCCAGGUCUCUUGUUUUUACCUCCUUCGCGUUCGCUGUUCUCCUGUUGACUGACCGGACGGCUUCUUUUACUUUUAGCGUCUUGUGUUCUGAAGGGUUCAUGUCAGAUCAUGUAGUGUUGCAGCUCUGAACUGACCGGACCUCUAUGUCGCCGUGGGUUUGGUCGCAGAACCCGAGAUGUCGCGUCGCCACGAGGGGUGAGCGGCGGGACGGCCCACCUGGGGAGGCCUGCUGCCCAGACAACAAGGGGCGCCGGAGACCUCUGCUCCUCCCCCUCCACUACCACACCUCCAGAAGCGCAUGUCCCCACACCCACACCUUGACCCUUGACCCCUGCCCACCUCCAGCACCAUGAGGAGCGCCCGGAGCCGGCUGCUGCUGGCCUCGGUCCUGUUCUGCUCCGCCUCGCUCCUCUACCUGGCCUCCAGCGGCAUCCAGUGCCCCCGGCACAGAUGGGCGGAGCUCAACACGUUGCGGGCCAAUCAGAGUCGGUACUCCCAGCCCAACCUCUUCCCCGAAGACACGCCCCUCAUCUUCAUCGGCGGGUUCCCCCGGAGCGGCACCACGCUGAUGCGCGCCCUGCUGGACGCCCACGCCGCCGUGCGCUGCGGCGAGGAGACGCGCGUCAUCCCGCGGCUGCUGGCCAUGCGGGCCACCUGGAGCCGCUCGGUCAAGGAGAGGAUCCGAUUGGACGAGGCCGGCGUGACCGACCGGGUGUUGGACUCUGCUGUGCGAGCGUUCCUCUUGGAGGUCAUCAUGGGUCACGGUGAGCCCGCAGCCCGGCUCUGUAACAAGGACCCCUUCGCCCUCAAGUCCCUGUCCUACCUGGCCCGCAUCUUCCCCAAGGCCAAGUUCGUCCUGAUGCUCCGUGACGGGCGAGCCACCGUCCACUCCAUGAUAUCUCGCAAGGUCACCAUCUCUGGCUUCGACCUGACCAGCUACAGGGACUGCCUGACCAAGUGGAGCGCGGCGAUGGAGACCAUGUUCAGCCAGUGUCAGGGCGCCGUCGAGGGCAGCUGCCUGCCCGUCAGCUACGAGCAGCUGGUGCUCCGGCCCGAGGAGGAGAUGAGGAAGCUGCUGAACUUCCUGGAGCUGCCCUGGGACCCGGCCGUGAUGCACCACCAGGACCUCAUCGGCAAGGCCGGGGGCAUCUCUCUGUCCAAGGUGGAGCGCUCCACGGACCAGGUGAUGCGGCCCGUGAACACGGACGCCCUGGACAAGUGGGUGGGUCACAUCCCCUCGGACGUGCUGCGGGACAUGGCGGACAUCGCCCCCAUGCUGCGGCGGCUGGGCUACGACCCGCGGGCCAACCCGCCCGACUACCGCAGAGCGGAGGCCGUCACCGCCCGCCUCAACCACUCCCAGAGUCGGGGGACCCCAGGAAGCCCACAUCCCAGCUAGAGCGAGACCCCAGUAAACGUACCCACCGACCGCUGAAUCAGUGGACCCGGACCCGAAGAGUUCAGAGAGUGUGUGUAUGUUGGGAUUAUGCUAACAUUAGACUGCUGUUAUCAUAGCAGAAAACGGGGCAUAAUGGCCGCCUGGGCGAUUAUCUCAACACAUCAAUUCUCCCCCUAGUGAUGAAGAGUCAAACUGGUCGCUAUGUCGAAAACCGUCAGCAGCUAUCAUCUCUUCUGAGCAGAGUAUCACAGCGUUACCGUCAAGUGUUUCUAUUUUCUAGUAUCCUCAUGUCUGUCAUUCGUUAUAUUCACCGCAAAUGGGAAUGUUUGAGAUACAUGAGUGAGAUGCAUUUAAUACCUGUAUAUUUUUGACAAUGUACUUUUAUUUUCAUAAUAAAUCAUUUUAUUGGU